AAAAAUUUCAAAUCCAGCUACUAUCACUAUGAUGGUUGACGGAUACAAGUACUGCAAAGAAACGACAAAUAGUGGUGAAACUAGGUGGGUUUGCUCUGUAAAUAAGAUUUACAAUUGCCUAGCCACCAUCUACGUGUACUCAGCUGGCAACAAUAUUCUGAAGCUCAACGAGAAACACAACCACACUAGAGAUCACGAAGGUUUGAAGAGUGUCGAGGUCCCGAUUAAAAAGUCUCUGGAAAAAGAUGUUGAAGGCCCUGCCAUAUGUAAAAUUGACACGGUCGCUAGUAUUGCCGUGCCAGAAACAACGCCACUUAGAAACGAAACUCAGCCAACACCAUCAUCAUCAACUACAUCAUCAAAAAUAAAUGAUGACGCUGAUGAAGGAUCAAGCAAUUCAGCUGAUGGAAUCAUCUUCAAGACUCGUUUGGGGAAGCAAGCCAUUAAAAUAGGCAAGCACCGAUUUGAUAAGGACUAUGAAAUGAACAAGAAGGUUUUCUGGAGGUGUAACAAGAAGAACAAAGGCUGCAAGGCUUACGUGAGCACGUUUAGUGGCGUGGUCAUGCAAUGCGGAUCACAUAAUCAUGAAUAACUGAAUAACGACAAAGUUCUUAUAACUUGUGUCGUUAUUCAGUUCUUCUAUUGAGCUCUGGAGCUUUUUCAUCACAUGAUUAUAAAAUAUGGCAAUUUUGCAAAAAAAUCUUUUGUAAAAGAUAAAUCUUGCUUAAAUGAAUUUUUGACGAUGGCAGUGGCAUUUGUCAGGCCGAAGAAACGCGUUAGGUACUUAAUUAAAAUCAUUAACGUACUUCAUAAAAUGAAUGAAUUCAUUAAAAUCGUCAUGCUUAUGAAGCAAAGUAGCCUUAAUUAAGUAGACUAAAGUAGUAGCAGGUGCAAGUCUAGGAGGUCCAGGCCAGGUCCAUGAAGAACUUUUGCAUUUGCCCCCGGCUUCGCCCGCGUGACAGUUUGUCAAAGAUUGUAAUAAAUAUACAGGAUGAAAUUUAAAUCAUCGGCAUCUUAAUAUAAGACUACUCGUGAUGAAAAUAGUGCAUUCCCCAAAUUUAUGACAAAUCUAAUGAUUUUUUGUCUUUAUUUUUACAAUUACUUGUUGUAAAUAGAGUUUACAGUCAACAGCACAUCAGAUUAUACAUUGCUGUUGCAAAAUAAUACUUAUUACUAUAUCAAAUUAAGAUGCCACGGUGAUAAUCUUGACGUGCUGUCGUCUGUUCAAGGUUUUUUUACGUGACAAGAAGCAAACGAGCAGACGGAUCUUCUGAUGGUAAGUGAUUACCGUCGCCCAUAGACACCUGCAGACCCAGGGGCGUUACAGGUGCGUUGCCGGCCUUUAAGGUGAAGAUACGCUCUCUUCUUGAAAGCUAGCAGGUCGUAUCCGGAAAUACCGCAGACGACAGUUUAUUCCACAGUUUGGUUGUACGGGGCAGGAAGUUUCUAGAGAAACUUACUGUUGUGGACUGCCAACCAUCUAAGUGAUGGGGGUGGAAGUGCUGUCGGGUAAAUCAGUAGCGAAAAGUGACGGCAGGAAAAAGUCCGGACAAUUCUUCGGAGCACUCCCCGUGAUACAUGCGUUUUAAUGAUUGCAAUUUUAACUCAUUGGAUUUGUCACAUAUUUAGGGAAUGUACUGUGUGUCAUGGGUAAAGUCUUAUUUCAAAAGGAUGCCAACGAUUUAAACUUCACCUACUCAGUCUACUUCGGACGAGUCGAUUUGUUGAUUGAUUAUGGUGUAUUUGAUAUCAAAGUGUUGUGUGUAGGUUACGAUUGUAAUUUGUGAUACACAAGCAUGCUGAUGUAACAUUCCAAUAGUACUUUAUUCUACUGUCAUAAUACAUGUCAUAAUCUACUGAUUGCUUACUUACUAAAAUGUAGAUAAAAAGUUUAAAAAGAUGCAGAAAACGCGUUUUUGAUAAAGUGCAGUUAUCAUAACGUUUAACAAAUAAGGCCAGGUAGCACCAUCUUACUUUAACAAUAACAAACGUUAAACAAAAAUAUCGGUUAUGGUUAUAGUAACGGUUAAAGUACGGUGCUCAGCCUAAGGUUUGUAGACUGUAUCUUCUAGCUAUUUUAAGCUCAGAAUGGGCGACUAAUAAUAGUUAACAGAGGUAUAUUUAUUGGCUUAAUAUCUAAAAACGUUAAAACGUGUAGUGUAACGCAUAGUAGUGAAUUCAGUGUAAGACAUUAAGAUCAGACAGUAGGUAAGAGCUAAGUAAAUAAUACCUUGCUUGUGAAAUGUUAAUUUAUUGGCAUGUGUCAGAGGUGCAAUUGUGUAAAGCAAUCGUAUUCAUUGGACAGUUCAAAACGUACGCUAUAUUCUGUCAAACGCUUUGUUAUACAGAUUUUAUCGCACGUUUUGAACUGUCAAAUGAAUACGAUUGCUUUACGCAAUUGCACCUAUGGUUUAGCUUUGCUUUAUGUCAAUUUGGUAUAAUUAACAACUUAUAA